ACGUUUGACAGCGACAACUUCAAGCUUCAGGCUCAGCAGUGUUCUUUUGUUCUGCGUUCCUUCUUUUCGCAGGCGCAGCAGCUUCGAAUUGAACUGCGUCUGAACAAAAUCACUAACCAGAGCAAAACAAAUCAAUCCAAGUAGAAUGAAUUCAAGCUCCGGUCACAGUAAUGGCUACCACAACAACAACAACCACCACCAAAGCACUCCGACCAGUCACCGGGAACGAGGAAGAAGAGGCGCACGUGGCUUUUCGAGGAACGGGUAUAAUUCUAGGGUUAGUAGAGAGGAAGAGGAGAGUGAGAAGAAACUGUCACCGUGUACCGAUUUCGACAUGGCUUAUUUUCAUUCUUAUGCUCACGUUGGUAUCCAUGAAGAGAUGAUCAAGGAUCGUAUUCGGACGGAGACGUAUAGGAAUGCAAUCAUGCAGCUACAAAGUUACAUUGAAGGCAAAGUUGUUGUGGAUGUUGGCUGUGGCACUGGAAUUCUUUCUAUAUUUUGUGCUCAGGCUGGUGCUAAACGGGUAAGCUAUAACGGAAUUUGUACCGAUAGACACACACUACAUUCAACAAGAUUUCUUUGGAUGGUAUAUGCUGUGGAAGCAAGUGAUAUUGCAGCGCAGGCAAAUGAAGUUAUCAAAGCUAAUAACUUGUCUGACAAGGUCAUUGUCUUGCAUGGACGAGUUGAGGAUGUUGAUAUUGAUGAAGAAGUUGAUGUCAUAAUUUCAGAGUGGAUGGGCUACAUGCUUUUGUAUGAGAGCAUGCUCGGGAGUGUUAUUACUGCUAGAGAUCGGUGGCUGAAACGUGGAGGAAUUAUUCUGCCAUCAACUGCAACAUUAUACAUGGCACCAGUCACAAAUCCUGACAGAUAUGCUGACAGCAUUGACUUUUGGCGCAAUGUUUAUGGAAUUGAUAUGUCUUCCAUGAUGCCGCUGGCCAAACAAUGUGCAUUUGAGGAACCAUCCGUAGAGACAAUAUCGGGUGAAAAUGUUUUGACAUGGCCACAUGUGGUUAAGCAUCUGGAUUGCUAUACAAUUCAAGUUCAUGAGCUGGAAUCUGUUUCAACAAGAUUUAAGUUCCAAUCAAUGAUGAGAGCUCCAUUGCAUGGGUUUGCCUUUUGGUUUGACGUUGAAUUCUGCGGGCCGGCAACAUCUUCUAUAAAUGCUAUUGCAACCAGUCCUCCAGUUGAUGGGAUUCAGAGUAAGAAAAGGACAAAUCCAAAUGAUUCACUUGUGCUGUCCACUGCACCUGAGGACCCACCAACGCACUGGCAACAGACAGUGAUCUACUUUUAUGAGCCAAUAGACGUGGAGCAAGAUCAACUCAUUGAAGGUUCAGUUACACUAUCACAGAGCAAAGAAAAUCGUCGUUUCAUGAAUAUUCACCUUGAAUACAAUUGCGGUGGUCGGUCCUUCGUAAAAGAGACUGUAAUGAGGUGAUCCCUUCAAGAGUCAUUGCCAGAUUUUGUAAUGUUCAACAGUAAAUUUCAGGAUGAGACAAUGGCCUAGCACAAUUGAUGACAUUACAUAAGUGAAGAAUUUUUCCCGACUCUCGGAUGAAUGUCCUCAGCUAACCUGACCAUGCCACUGAUUGUUAAGUUGAGAGGUAAAAAUCAUAAUUUAAACAAAAACAUAGAGGCGAUCCAUUUUAGGAAAGAAGAAAUUAAGAUUUUUUAAUGGCCUGAGAUUGUUUUUUAUCUGUAGAUGUAAGAUGUGUAACAGAGUGAUUCUUCAGAUGCCAUUUUAUUUAUUAAUUAUUAAGUGCACCAUUUAGUAUUGUGUCCUAGUUAGUAAUUUAGUAUGAACUUUUGACCACCAUUAUGUAAUGAAACUGUGUGUAUACAACACCAUCUUAUUGGACUGUAUUUGCUAA